AUGAAUAGACAAUAUUUUGACAAAUUACCUACUAAAUUGAAAAAUUUCUUCCAUAAAUAUCCACCAUCAAUAACAUAUAGUAAUAAACCCACUUCUACAUAUGAUAUCACUGCUAAUCCAUUUUUACCAAAUAAGCAUCCAAUAAGUGGUAAACAUCACAAUCCAAAAUAUUCUUUGAGAAGAUUAAGUGUAUUAUAUAAGGAGGCUUACAAAUUCGGUAUAACAGAACUAUUACCACCAAUACCAAACAAAUCAUUCUUUUUAGAAAAAUAUGAGAACAAACCAAUGAUGAGAGGUGUAUUAAGACCAAAGGGUCAUAAACAUGAAUUGAAUAAAGCUGAGAGGGAUGCAAAGAAAGCCAAGGGUAUUGCUAAUAUUGAUGCGAUGCUUAUUAAAUAUCGUGGUAAAUCUUAUGAAAGGAAAUUGGAAAAGAAGAAAUCUGAAAAGAUUACUUAUUUCUAG